AUCAAAUCUGUGCACAAGUCAUUCUUGUGCCCAGUGCACAGGAUCUGGAUACACAACCGAGAGAGGACGAAUAGUUUACUGAAGAAAAGUGAAAGAAUUAUCCAUCCCUGUGGCCAUGUUCAACUGAUUAACGAUUGUGUUUAUGUUGCUUUUAUUCCGACACCAAAGUGCUUCGCGUAGUGUCUUGAAGCUGCAGCAGCAAGUCGCUUAUGAUAUGACGCACAGUUGCUGCGACGCGCUCUCGCCUCAAACAAGAUGGCAGCUCACACGGGAGAGAAGCGUGGUCUCGAACACUUAGACGAAUAUGAACCAAAAACAGCGAAACAGCCACGAAAUAUGCACGACAAAAUGAUAGAGGCGCGACUUGUUGUUGUUUUGGAAGGAGCGACACUGGAAACUGUGAAGGUUGGGAAGACAUUUGAGCUGCUGAACUGUGACCAACACAAGAAUAUUAUAAUAAAGAGUGGAAGGGACCCCGGUAAUAUUCGGCCAGACAUCACUCACCAGAGCCUGCUUAUGCUGAUGGACAGCCCACUUAACAGAGCAGGACUGCUGCAGGUGUACAUUCAUACGGAGAAGAAUGCUCUGAUUGAGAUAAAUCCUCAGACACGAAUUCCCCGCACCUUCCCACGCUUUUGUGGACUCAUGGUGCAGCUCCUGCAUAAGCUGAGUGUGAGAGCAGCUGAUGGGCCACAGCGAUUGCUGAGGAUGAUUAAAAACCCAAUUUCAGACCACUUGCCUGCAGGAUGCCCACGCUACGCCAUGUCCUUCAAAGCAGGAGAUGCCGUCUGCCCCAGAACCCUCGUCCCUAAGGAUGGUCCUGCUGUGGUUGUUAUUGGAGCAUUCGCGCAUGGAGCGGUAAAUGUGGACUAUACAGAGAAGACGGUUUCCAUCAGUAAUUAUCCUCUGUCUGCAGCUCUCACGUGUUCCAAAAUAUGCUCUGCAUUUGAGGAAGUCUGGGGGGUUUUGUGAUUAAAAUCACACAGGUGCUGGACUUUAGGUCAAUCUAGGCAUUCGUCUGUGUGUGAACAAAUACAGCACAAAGUCUUCACUUCUUUUUAUGUGAAAUGGGCAGUUUUCAGUCAUGGUCACAUUAGUAGGCAGCACCUGUUUUCCUUAUAAUACGCUGAUGACAAACUCUACACUGCUGAGUUUCCUGUGCUGAUCACACCAAUAUUUUGUACCUUUAUAUGAGCUUUCAAAUAUAAUAUUUUCAACAUUUUUUUCAAA